UGCGCACGGAGCUUCGCAGUGGAGCGAGAGAGAAGCAGAGGAGAGGAGGAUCUUCACCUGUAGACUUUUUUUGUUUGCGCUUACCUGUCGUUCAGCAGCGUAAUACAUAAACAUGCGGGACUUUUAAAGCAGGCGCUCCGCGUUUGGAAUUUUGCAUCAGUGCGCAAUCGCUAGGAAUAACUUUAUUUUUGCAGGAUAUUUAUUAUUAUUUUUUUUUUUUUAGUGCUGGAUUGUGAGGGAAAUUGUCGUCCUGUGCCUCGAUCCGAAGGGAGAUUGCUGCAUGGAGGGAUGUCGGCAUGGCUUGCACCAGGAGAACCAAAACUUUGGUGUCCACAUGCGUGAUCCUGAGUGGCAUGACCAACAUUGUUUGCCUGCUCUAUGUCGGAUGGGUUACUAACUACAUCGCUAAUAUUUACAUCAAGGUGCCCAUGCCUUUAGCGGAGGGACAGUCGCAAGGGGACAAGAAAGGUGAUACUCUCCGGAUCAUGGAGCGACUGGAUCGUCUGGAAAACGUGGUGAACCAGCACAUCCAGGAGACACCCGGCAGAGCAGAAGACAGUCAACCGGACUCCUCAUUCUCUGACUCAUCCCUGUUUGCUCACUGGGGCCAGGAGCUGAGCCCAGACAACCGGAGGGUGGCUCUGAAGAUGUUUCAGUACUAUGGGUAUAACGCCUACCUCAGUGAUCAUCUGUCCUUAAGCAGGCCAAUUCCUGACCUCAGGCCUGAUGGGUGCAGAAAUAUCACUUAUGCUCUGAACCUCCCCCAAGUGAGCAUUGUGUUCAUAUUCGUCAAUGAGGCAUUGUCAGUCAUCCUGCGAUCCAUCCACUCUGCCAUCAACAGGACACCCUCCCACCUUCUGAAAGAGAUUAUCCUGGUGGACGACAACAGCAAUAAUGGUAAAAAAAAAAUAUAUAUAUAAAUCACUUUUAUCACC